AUGUCUUUGGCUGUGAGAAAUGUCAAAUCUAUUGUCCCACUUCUCGAUCGCGUACUCGUACAGCGUAUCAAAGCGCAACAGAAAACUGCCGCUGGUAUUUUAAUCCCUGAAAAAUCACUAGAAACAUUAAAUGAGGGGCAAGUUAUAUCUGUGGGCAAAGGCACAUUAAAUAAGGAUGGAAAACAUAUUUCAAAUCAAGUUAAACCCGGAGACCGUGUCCUCCUCCCCUCAUAUGGAGGCAGUACUAUUAAAGUUGGAGAUGAGGAGUAUAUUUUAUUCAGAGACUCGGAAAUUCUGGCUAAAAUUGAAGAAAAAUCCUAA